AUGCAUAAAAUUCACCUUAAUUUCAAAAUAAUUUUCAUAAUUAUUCUUGGAUCUUUAUUAUUGCUCCUAACGAAUGUUCCAGGAUCUAAUGCAGCAUAUAAUGUUUCAUACACUGAAGAGCUUGAUGGAUUGGUAUUAUUUAACACCUAUAUAGAUAGAAAAGGGGUAACACUCAUACGACUACUUAGAGGCAAUUCUCUAACUGCUUGUAAUUAUACCGAUGAACCAAGCAUACAUCUUCGAAUAAUUCAUCCAACUGGCGAAAUCGACAAAAUUGAUCUACCCAAAAACACGUUAAAUAUUUCUCGAACCAACUUUUGCCCAAAUGAUUAUAUUUUAUUUUCUCUUUUGGAACCAAACUAUAUUAUUUUUACUUUUUGGGAUUUUGGAGAUCAAAUUCCUUUACCGAAUGCAACGUAUGAGGAAACGGGAGUUAUUCUUUCUUAUACAGGCGAAGUAAUAAGCACAUUUUCUCUUGGUCAAUCUUAUAUCCUAAAAGAAAUGGUUACAGUUAGCUUAAAUCCGGCGGGUGGAUUCAUUAGAACGUACAUUUGGCCGAAUAACACGAUAACAUGGAUGUCAUUCACUUCACCUGACGAACAUGGAACUGUACAUAAAUUGGGUGAAGGAGUUUUCUAUGUUGCUACGCCUCAAGAAACUGGGGUUCAAUUUCAAACAUUCUCUCUGCUCGACGGUGGAUACGGAACUGUUAUUGUAUCCAAUAAUUCGGUAUCCAAUUCUCCGACUAACGCUUUAAAUCAGACAUAUGCAACUACUUGGACGGCUUAUAUGACUUUCUUAUGGGAUAAUGUAAACACACCUUCGGAACUAUUUAUCAUUUAUCAAACUACCAUACCAUGGUCAAUUCUUACGUCUGGUCCUUGUCAUCGAGCAUAUGAUGGCACUGGCUUCUCAUGUUUUCUCACAUUUGCAAUGAGUGGAUUACCGGCACCACUAAUUUAUAGCGUGAAUUUUCUCUCAGGAGGAUCUUUGACCUCUAUUCAAAAACUGCAAAAUUACGAUGUAACUAAUUACGCGGUAUACUCAUUCUAUGAUGUGUUUGCUGGUGGUCAUGUGGUGAUUGGCUUUACAAAUCAAACAUAUCUUCUCGCAACUUUUUACAAUACAACCGGUUUACCCAUCAAAACUUAUAAUCUCGGCGAUGGAACUGGAGUUAAACUUAACAUCUUUCAAAAUGAAAAUAGUUUGCUUUACAUGCGUUUUGAUCGGAAUGAUUCUAGAACCUGGCGAGUAAACCCAAUUCCACUUCCAACUUUAAAACAAUACGAUGAACGUUACUACAAUCCCAAUAUUAAUUCAACUCAGCCAACUAUUGAUGAUGUAAUCGAACUACGCUCAACUUCAUGUUCUAUUAUUUAUAAUGCUAAAGUACUUCUUGGCUCAGGGAAUGUGACAAUUUAUCAAAAAUCACAAAAUGGCGAUUUAUUUCGUGAACAAACUCAAUAUAAAACUACCGAAUAUUUGCCAGAUUCUGGAUAUACUAAAGUAUCAUUCACCGCACUUAAAAGUACUUUUAAUGUUCCAGGAGCUGCAUAUUACAUCGUGGUUGAUACGAAUUUUGUACAACUUGCGAGUAAUAAGGAGCCGCUUAUUGGUAUAGAUACAAAUGUUUGGACUUUCAAGACAGGAAAUUACAAUGAAACUUUACAGACGGAUUCAGCAAGUGGCCUUAUCCGCUUAACUGCCAAUGGCUCAGACGAAUUCAUCAAAGCUUACGAAAACUACGGCAAUUCUGUGCUGAGAAAUCUCUCUGACCAAAUAGCAGCAGCAAUUCCUGUUUCCCGGGAUCAAAUAAACAUUCAUGACGCUUAUCAAUAUGAUCAAAGUGUCACACCGCCCAGAAUUCUUUUAAGAAUGUACAUUACAUAUAAUGCUACUAAUAAAUAUCAAGAUGUGUCUCAUAUUAUCGAAGAUUUCGCUACAUUACUCGCAAAUAUAAGGUACACAAUGCUGUCUCAAGAAAAUUAUACUGCAUGGCUCGAUAGUUCUUAUAACUUCCAAGUUACAGGAAAUUUGUGGUCAUUAUACAAGAUGACGGUUAUACUUGCUAGCGCAAUUAUCUGUGCUGUUAUAGUUAUCUACCUAUACGCUGUUUAUCGAAAUAAAGAUGCUAAAAAUUUUAUGGUUAUCACGGUGGCAUUAAUAAUUCAAGAUUUCUUUUUUGAUGUGCUUUUCGUCUUCAAAAAUGGGAGAGAUUUUCAGGAAUUGUUUAUACCAAGUAUCCUCUCUUUUAUAAUUCCAAUUGUAUUCAACAGUGGAAUGGCAUCUUACAUAUUAUUAUCAGAGAAUUCGCGCGAAGAUAAAUUUAACGAUUGGUUUCGAAAAUAUCCACAGGUAGCCGCUAUGUUUACAUUGGCUGCGUGUGCGGAUGUCGAUAUUCUUAAUGUAUUGUCAUCCCGUAUUGAUUUGCCACAGUUUAUUAUUCGGGUACUAUAUUGGCGGAAAAAUAUUACAUACUCUGUGAUUCCUGUAAUCGCACUCAUUUCUGCUGGAGUUAGUCUUCUCACUACAAUUGUGGGAAGACUCUAUCAAGGGAUUAUUCGUUGUAAAAUCGAAAAACGGCACACUAUGGUGGAAUUCCCCGUAGAAAAACAUAAAUUCACGGAACGUCCUGUAACGGGUUCCGUAUUAAUAUCACAAAUUUUUCAGGUUUCCAUAUCGCAAAAUCCUAUAAAGUUCCGAACUAAUACUCAACAAGAUUCCCUUACAAUUCCAAAAUAA